AGUGUUAAAUUAAAAUUGUAAUGAUUGAUUUUAGUCCUCUUCUAAAAAAAGCUGAACACGGUGCACCAAUUACGAGCAACAACAAAUACGAUUUAUUGUUCGGCGUGACAACGAGUGAAGCUUUAUGGAAAUUUGCGGAAAAAGAUGUUUUGCAAGGUUUCGAGGGAGAAAGAAGAGAUAGAAUCAUCCGCACAUAUGUGAGAAACGCCUACGUGUAUCAUCUCACUGAAAUAUUUUAUACGGUGGUGAACGAAUACACAGACUGGGAGCGAACGGUUCAGCAUCCCGUCAACACGAAGGAUGCGUGUGUACAGGCGUUGAGCGACGCACAGUUUGUGGCGCCGCUCGUACAAACCGGGGAUCUCUUCACCCUGAGACACACGAAGAAACCGAACAACCCUCACAUUGCACCGAUUCUCGACAGCGAGGAGGAACCCAUGCCCAAGACUUACUUUUAUGUGUUCGACUAUCAGAUGAAGGACGGCGAUUAUCCUCAGAAGAUGGGCUCGGUGCAUGGCGAAGAGCUUCCGUUCGUCUUUGGAGCACCAUUGUGGGUGGAAGGAUUUGGCCAUUUUCCGAAAAACUACACAAGACUGGAAAUGGCACUCUCGGAAAGUAUUAUGCAGUAUUUUGCGAACUUUGUGAAAACUGGGUAAGUGGAUUAUAUAAAAUUCCAUCACAUAAUCUAAUUAAUAGAGGUUAGAAAGGGGUUAAAAUUUAAAGAAAAAAUUAAAAAUAAAAAUGAUAAUAUUCGGAGAUUUUAAUAAUUUAAUAUUGCGGUAAUUGAACAAAUAUUCCAAAUGAUGACAAUUUUGUUUCUGGAACAACAUCACACACUUUUUCCAAUAAUCCGAACUUUUAUACUUAUCCUAAAAGCGAACUUUAAUUUCCACUUGCAAGCAUUAUUGAAAUCCUUUCUUUUUUCUUUGAAUUAUUCGCCGUACUUUGCACGCACCACUUGCGGAAUCAAUUUGUGAUGGGAAAAAAACGAUCGAAAAGUCCAAUUUUCCAUAUUCAUGAAUGAGCCACGCAGAUAGCUUGCCUAAUAGAAGUGUGAAAAAAGAAGGAACAUGUCAUGAACGUCACAGAAAAGUGGUCACGUUUGGUCAACAAAUCAGAGUAAAAAUUCUUUUUUAUAUCAAUAU